AUGAAAUUCAUUAUCAAAGGUGGUGUUUGGAAGAACACAGAAGAUGAAAUCUUGAAAGCUGCCGUCAGUAAAUACGGUAAAAAUCAAUGGGCACGUAUUUCGUCUUUACUUGUCAGAAAAACACCCAAGCAAUGUAAAGCAAGAUGGUUUGAAUGGUUAGAUCCUAGUAUCAAAAAGGUAAAAUACACACACACAACAGAAUGGUCAAAAGAAGAAGAUGAAAAACUAUUACACUUGGCUAAAUUGAUGCCAACCCAAUGGCGUACGAUUGCACCUAUUGUAGGCCGUACACCUGCUCAAUGUUUAGAACGCUAUCAACGCUUGUUGGAUGAAGCAGAAUCGAAAGAUUCAGAAAGAGCAGCAGAACUCGGUCUCACAGGUUCUAUUGGUCAUGAAAGUGGACCCAGUGCUGAUGAUGUACGUAAAUUGCGACCUGGUGAAGUUGACCCUGAACCUGAAUCAAAACCUGCCCGUCCUGAUCCUGUGGAUAUGGACGAAGAUGAAAAAGAAAUGCUGUCAGAAGCACGUGCCAGAUUAGCCAACACACAAGGUAAAAAAGCAAAGCGAAAGGCCAGAGAAAGACAGUUGGAAGAAGCACGACGAUUGACUGCACUUCAAAAGCGAAGAGAAUUAAAGGCUGCUGGUAUUCAUAUGCGUCUUAGGCAAAAGAAGGGUGUCAUGGACUAUAACACAGACAUUCCAUUUGAAAAGAAGCCUGCUUUAGGUUUUUAUGAUACUACAGAAGAAGCUAGUAAAAAAGUGGAUCCUGGAAAAUUGACCAAUGUUCACUUGUCUAAGCUUAACAGACGUCGUGCAGAUAUUGAAGAAGAAAAGAACCGUGACAAGAAGCGUAAAGCAAAAGGAGGCUCAAAUGAAGGCAAUCAAGGUAAAUUUGUGCCUGCCAAGAAUGCCAAAAUCGUGCAAAUGCAAGAACAAGAACAGAUUGCCAAACGUCGUAAGCUUGUCUUGCCUGCACCUCAAGUGGGUGAACAAGAACUUGAAGAGAUUGUCAAAUCUGGAUUUGCUGGUGAAAGUGCCAAAAAUCUAGUGUUAGAGAGUGAGGUGGAUGCAACACAAGGCCUUGUGGGUGAUUAUGCCUUUACGCCCAACACAUUAGCAGCCAGAACACCCCGUGCACCUCCCAGCAAUGAUAAUUUGAUGGUCGAAGCACGUAACUUGAUUGCCCUUAGUAAUGCACAAACUCCUCUUUUAGGUGGUGAGAAUACAGCAUUAUCACAAGGUACAGGGUUUGAAGGGGCCACACCUAAAGCAGCACCUGUUCAGACACCUAAUCCUAUGGCCACACCACUUCGACAAAACACGAAUUUCGGUAACGAGACUCCCUUCAAGACACCCCGUGAAGAAAAAACAUUCCAGACUCAACGUAAGCGUACGCUCUUACAAGGCCUUAGUAGUCUUCCUAAACCACGUAAUGAAUGGGAAAUCAAAUUGCCCGAGAUGGAACAAGAACAACAAGAAAAGUCCAAGAAAGACACAGUUCAAGACAUGAGUGAUCUUGAGCGCGAAAUGAAAGAAACAGCUGAAGCUGAAGCUCAAGAGCGUGCUGCUCGUCGUUCCAUGGCAGUCCAACUAAACUUGCCUCGACCUACUGUUGUACCUGAACUGUCUGUUGAUGUGAAUGCUACUGAGGCUGAACAGUUAGUUCAACAAGAAUUGGUGCGUCUAUUGAAGCAUGAUGUUGCUAAAUAUCCUGUUGCUGGUAGUAAAGUGGCACCUGGUGCUACUUCAUUAGAUGAUUCAAUUGCUCAGCUAGAAGAUGAAUUUGAUGCCCAGGCAUUGGUGGAUGCUCGUCAAGAAUUAGAUGCUGAGAUUGCUAACCAACUUGGUCUUGAUGCUGAUAUUGACAUCAAAAAGGCUGUUUGGGAACAUGUCUCUUCUCAUCCCUCUUUUGAAAAGAAAUGGCAAGAAGAACAUGAUGAAUUGUUGUUCUCUGCUAAAUUCAACCAAUUCAUGACAUUAAAAGAAAUGGACGAUGAACAAGACAUCAUUCAAGGCUUAGAUAAAAUUGUUGAAGCUAAUCGACAAGCCAUGAUUCGUGAUGCAACUAAGGCUGGUAAACUAGAGAACAAAUUAGAUGUCAGAUUAGGUGGUUAUAUGAACAGAUCCAAAGUGUUGUCACAACAAAUCAUGGAUGCUUUUGAAGCAUAUGAAGCUGUUCAGAUUGAAUACCAAAGUUUUAUUAAUCUACAAAUAGCAGAGAAAGCAGCUAUUCCAAGACGCAUUGAAGCAUUAGAAGAUGAAGUAUAUAAGCUUGCCACUAGAGAAAGAGAUUUACAACAAAAAUAUAAGGAUUUAACAGAUGAAAAGAUGGCCUUGCUUGCUGCAUAAAAAUAAACUCUGACAACCUUUUUG